GGGCUUGCGUUCGCUCGCCGCUCGAGGCGCGACGCGCUGCAACUCAACGUCGCGGUUUCCAGCCGAGGCUUCCUAGCUAAUCCUUGGCCAGAUCGAAUUGGCUGUACAGUCGUCUUCCGCCCCGCGGCCCGUUUGCGUUGGAGGAAUCGGGCCCUAGCCGGCCGCCGUAGCCACUUCUCUGUAGUGGGCGGGGUCAAGGCCGGGUGACCCUCGCCGGAGCCGCCGCUGCCAGCGACAUGUUCAAGGUAAUUCAGAGGUCUGUGGGGCCGACCAGCCUGAGCCUGCUCACCUUCAAAGUCUAUGCAUCAGCAAAAAAGGACUCAUCUCACAAAGCUGCUGUGAAGGUUAAUGAGCUUUCACUCUACUCUGUUCCUGAGGGUCAGUCUAAAUAUGUGGAAGAGCCAAGGACCCAACUUGAAGAAAGCAUCUCCCAUCUCCGACAUUAUUGCGAACCAUAUACAAGUUGGUGUCAGGAAAUGUACUCCCAAACUAAGCCCAAGAUGCAAAGUUUGGUUCAGUGGGGGUUAGACAGCUAUGAAUAUCUCCAAAAUGCACCUCCUGGAUUUUUUCCAAGACUUGGUGUUAUUGGUUUUUCUGGAGUUGUUGGACUGCUUUUGGCUAGAGGUUCAAAAAUAAAGAAGCUGGUGUAUCCACCUGUUUUCAUGGGAUUAGCUGCCUCUCUUUAUUAUCCACAACAAGCCAUCGUAUUUGUCCAGGUCAGUGGGGAGAAAUUAUAUGACUGGGGUUUACGUGGAUACAUAGUCAUAGAAGAUUUAUGGAAGGAGAACAUUCAAAAGUCGGAAAAUGUGAAGAAUUCACCCGGAAAUAAGUAGAAUACUCCAUGCUCUGCCCAUUUUAAUCAGUUAUAGGUAAACAUUGGAAACUCCAUAUGGUAAACCAGUAUUUCUACAGAAAAAUGGCAGAGAAGUCAGUACUGAAUGUAGUAAGUUGGCAUUCUUCUUCAGGAAAAACUAUACUAGGCCUCUUUGUUAUCUUGGGUGAUGCCAUACUCCAAGUGGACUAAUCUGAAAUUCUUUCACCUAGAGAUAAUGUAUGAGCCUUAGAACUCCUCAUUCUCAUGUUGCUAUUUAUGUACAUAAUUAAAAUUCUAAGUUAAAAAAAAA